UGUAAUUUAUGCAGCAUGCAUGAUGAACAUACUCCACAGCAGACAAUAUCGGCCAUUCAAGACACCAAAGCAACAGACAUUACUGCAAGAGGGGAACUAAAUGUCAUAGAAACAGCUACUGUUUCUCCUACAAAUGAAGAGGAAAGGCACGACACAAACCAGGUCCAGUUAAAAGAAAAUAAAACACAUGUAAAUUCUGAAUUAGUGGAAAAAGAAUACAAUGCAUCAUUGAGUGGAAAUGUAAUAGGUCAAGGGGAGUCACAGAACCCAAUGUUCCCAGAUAAUGCAGAGAGCAGAGACGAUAAACAAAUAGAACACGUGGCUGCUGAGAGCACAAAUGGCAACAAGGAAGAGAUUCAUGACAUAAUCCAGACAACAGAAAGAGAAAUUCAAAAGACUUCAGAAAGCCGAAGAGAAGAGAUGACCACACGCUCAACAACAUGCGAUAUCUCCAGUAAUUAUGUGACUCAUCUUCCCAGUGACUCAGAAAGUCUAAAGCAAAAAAAUAACAUGAUGGAAAAGGAGUAUUAUGACGUGCUGGGUGAAGGAACUGACCCUCAAGUGUCUUGUUACAUUACAGCACCUUCGUAUGCCCUUCAACAACUAGAAUGCCAGAUAGCUAACAACAUGAGUUCUUUAAUAGUGAGUGAUAAUGAAGAAUUGCUCAGCAAUGUCAUUACUGUUGAAUGCUCAGACAAGGAAAUGAGAAUUCCAUUCCCAAUAUGCAUUGCCAUCCCUUUUACUGCACGCUACAGAGGAAAUUACAGAGACAUCUUGGUGAAAGUGUCUGACAAAAACCUCCAAUCAAGUUACCUAAUGCCCAAUCCACUAGAAGGAAUGAGAGGAAGUUACAAGGGAACUUGUGCUGUAGUAAAAGCUUACAAGUUGGGUAUAUUUUCUGUGGUGUCUUGUUUAAAGAAAGAGUCAUUCACAGUGACAAAGAAAGGCCUUACUCUGAAGUCAAGCCUGGAUUCCCGAAUCUCCUUUAGCUACCCUGCAGGAGUGUUCAGCUCACCAGUGCUUGUACAAUUAAAGAUCCAACCAGUUGACCCAUCUCUGCUGGUGUAUUUAAAAACACAACAAGAUUCUUCCUAUUCAGUAUUGUCCACAAGCCCUCUGAUUCAUGCUCUACACCCUUCAAACCAUCCUUUUCAGAAGCCAGUCACUAUACUCCUACCUUGUACUCCACAUCCUGAUAAGAAGAAUCUUGGAUUAGAGGAACAUCAUGAAAGAAAAGCUAGUGCCACAGCAAACAAACUCACACCAGCACCUUUACAUUUUCAUCGGGCCAAAAGUGCUUCUGUCAGAAAACCUGGGAAUAAUGCCUGUGAAACCUUGAGGUUACUGGGAUUUAGAAGCCGGGACAGUUGCUGGUUUGGAUUUGAUGAUGUUGUGGUGAGAACCACCCAGAAUGGCUUGGUUUCAUUCGAACUCUGUGAACAUUUAGAGAGGUUUAUUGUGCUUCACCUCUCUUCUAUUGUGGACAAUAGCUACUUGGUUUCUUUUGUGAAGUCGCUAGAGGAAGCCUCUCUCAGCACCACUGCCUGUGUGGUACUGUCUCACCAGAAGGACAGGCCACGUAGAAUAGUCAUUUUGGUGGUGCCUUUUAAAGACUUAAACUGCACACUUAAGAACUUGCGCCUGGAAGGGUUUGGGGGACUUUCAGAGUCAUCUCGCCAUUUCCAAGUAAGAGAAGGAGAACAAUUGCUCCUGAAGUUUACUGGAAACAUAUUUGGUUCGAGCAAUGGGAGAGAUUAUGGAAAAGAAUUCAAACUUAUUUUUCACUUACAAAGAAGACCCAGGCUGGAACUCCAAAUCAAAGAGGUGGAUGAAUUUGGGAACUAUAGCUGUCCUCAUUACAAGGGCACCAUUGUAGUUUACAAAGUACCUAGAGAAAAGAUAGUCCCCGACUUGGACCCAUCUCCUGUACUUCAGGGAGACUAUUGUCAGUUGCCGAUCUGCAAAUUACCACUGAGAUUGCCAAAGCAUGAAAAACUUACCAAUCGUCCACAGAGUACUAAAAGAAUUUUUACAGAUCCUACAGAGGCCCUUUGGAAUAACUUGCUGCACUGGCUGGCAGAGGAGCUUUCUGAAGAAGGUCCCGAGGCCCUCACCCUGUCUCUCCCUGUGCGCCGCAGCACUGUGCAACUCAUCAAACUCAAGCAUCCUAAUGAUCUGACAGAACAGAUCCAUGAACUUCUUUGCUUCUGGAAAAGAUCACUCCCAACAGCCACCGACAAACUCCGCCUUCUGGCUCGUCAUCUUCGCAAGAUGGGCAGGAGCGAUCUUGCAGAAGAGCUCAAAUUCAAGUGGGAAAACAAAGUGUUCACUGAGCUCCAGCCCUGGUUCGAUCUGGUGACUUGAGUAGAAGGCAAGAUGUUGCUCUUAUGAAUUUUAAAGAUUCUUUCUGUCAGUUUUUUCCUAAUCAAUUUCGAAGUAAGAUUGUUUGAAAUGACUCUGUUUGGCUCAUAGGCUAUGGAAAGCACUAAUCAGACAAUUGAAGACAUUCCUGCCCAUGCGUGCAACUUCCUGGCUGGGUAACAAGCUUUCUUACUCUCAUAGUGCCUAGCUUUGAGUUCAGUCCCACUUUAUUAUUUUUACAGGAGACCUUGCCUCCUUGACAUCAUCUUUUGUUUCCUUGCUUUUCAUGCCAAUCCGGAGGCUUGAACUCAGGCCUUAGCCCAGUGCCUGAGUUUCUUUUUG